UUACAAUGGCGUCCAUUCGUGAUGAGUGACCCUAUGCAUUGAGCUGAAUCACUGUGUUCAUCUUGGUUAGGAAUUCAAGUCCAUUUUCAUCAAAACCCGUUUGGAGCAGCCAUAUGGGCACCUCCUUCCUAUGGACCAUUCUGUGACUUCAAUUUGAAAUGGGCAAUAGAAGUAAGGAGAUGGCAUCAGGAAUGCCUACUGAAAAACAUCAAGAACCCGUCUUUGAUGCAGCGUUCUCAAGACUCAUGGACAAUUUUAGCAGCACAAGGCUGUUCUCCCCAUCUGCGGUGGCAGUCAGCGGGGUAAAACCCAGUGCUGAGAGGCUUGGGGAAGACGACAUUGUCUCGCCUCUGAAACAUCUCCAUCUGCGCCAACCCAUCAACUCAAAGCGUACUCCCAGGAAGCUCAGAAGAAAGGGGAAGACGUUCAAUGACCUGAAUCUGUCAGUUGCAGCUGGCUUUGUCCACAGGCCUGUAGUGUGGCCCGCAAGGUUAAAGUCAUCUGCUGCAAGUACGGCUUCGAAAAUACUCCGUCCUGCUCGCCUUUCUGUGUUGGAUUCAUCAUUGUCAGGGUGCAAUAAAGAAACAGUGGAAAAAACUGAUGUUGAAAAAGUCCUGAACAAGGAUGUUUUGGCAGCGUUGCAAGAGAACACGGCUUUGGAUCUGAAGGAUGUCUCAUCUGUGCAGGGGAAGCUUUCAGGCAGGCUGCCCAAAAGUGAGAAAGGGGCUGUAAGGGUUUUCGGCAUCACUGAAGGUGCGUGUGCAAGCAAAAACCAAGCUCAAACUUUUCUUAGCCUAAGCGAGCAUUGCCCCAGUAAGGAAAGUGGAAAGGGUCAAAAGUCAGCGUUAGCUUGCCAUUCUUCAGACGGCUUCCUCAAAUUCCGAUCUACCAGUCAGCAUUUCCCAGUGUGUUCACCCUCGCCAGUGGAGAGAGGUUUCUCCCAGUCGGACAAUCCUGCUCCGGGAGGGAGUCAAACUCAGGAUGGUGUACAUAUUCGAGGCCUUAACUCAGCUCCUUCACAAUUGCAAUCGGCAGCUUCCUCCUCAGGUACUGAAGGAGCACUUGUGACUCGUUCGUGCUCUCAUGAGAUGAGAUUAGAGGAAACUAAUGUGAAUGAACUUGCCAGCUAUUUUGAGGAUUUAUUGCACAUCCCUCGCAAAAUGUCCACAAUGGCAGAAAUGAUGUAUGCAUGAUUAACGAAUUGCCCUGAAAACUGUAUACAAGAUGGUUCACUCUCAGAAGAGAUCUUUCUCUGCAAUCUACAUGUGAUAAUAUAGAUAUUGCAACAGGUUAAAAAACAGGAAUAGAGGUUCUCUAAUAAAAAUUUUAUGCUGGAGAUAUGGUGGGACAAAUUUACAUUAGUUUAAUAAUGAUGGUGCAAUUCAGACUGUCAACGGAUGGCAUUGUAAUUAUGUAAUUAUACGUGUAUACUGGCGUUCUUUUUUGGACAUUAGCGAAACCUGGCGAUAGGUGGGGCUUUCUUUGCAAGGUUUGACUGUAGGCCUGCUUUGGAAGUUGGUUUCAUUUUUUUGGAGGAAAUAUUUUUUUAGUAUACCGUAAUGAAAUGUAGGAGUGACCCAUUUUGCAGAGUACAAUCUUUGAUUGCACUGAAAAUCAUGCUGGUGAUAUUUUUAGCAACUUCCUGAGUGUCAUGUAAAAUGCGUGUCAUUGCGAUUGACGUCCUUGGGGAAAUGGAAGAGGAUAGAUUGGAGAACAAAAAUUAUUUCUUAUGCCAUUCAGCUAGUGUGAAGAUUGCAGCUAGUGUGUAUGUGUGUGAGAGAGAGAGUGAAAAUGCAGUUUUGGUUUUCUUUCAUGUAUGCCCAAUUCCCUUUCAGCAAUAUUUAUUUAUCCAUGUAGAUUCUUGACUGAAAAAAUCCACAGACUGUCAAAUUUUUUGUUUGCGUGUGUGUGAGAUUUUCAGUCUCAUAUUGUUGAAACCCAGUGAAGUUCUCUUAUUUAUGGUGAAAAGAAAAAUCAUAGUCAGUUUAUGUUAGGUAAUAAUAUAUGGUAAUUCCUGAUUUAUUUUUCUGGAUGUGUAAAAAGGAAAUAGACUUCACACGAUCGUGGUUCUGAGUAAAUGAAGUUGUCUCAUUCUUUCAUUAAUUAAAACUUCCCCUUCUUUGAAUUUUGUGUUCGAACUCUGUGCAUUUCAGCUUAUUUGUUUGGACUGCCAAAUGGUAUGGAUUUUUAAAAAAGUAUGUACUGUUCUGUUGAUCUUUUUGAAACAGUUUCAGUUCAGCGCCAUAUUUGAGAAAGAUCUGUCUUUUAAGGUUUAAAUUUUAUCGAGUGGGUUAUUUAUCACAUCCAAGUUGUCAUGAUUACAAAAAUACAGUCUCUGUUUUAUAAAGUUUGGGCAAUGGCUUUAUGUCUAUAUGAGCAGGGAAGGGCAAGUCAUAGUGACUCAAAACAACUUGUAUUGAAGACCGAAAGAGUGAUAUGGGUCAACUUGUCCACUCUGAUGGUCUCAAACCAUGUGAGAGCGACAACACUUUUUAGUUUGGUUUCAUGGUUGCAAAGCAUGCUUUUCUCGUCCACUAGUCUAUAAAUGUCUGAUUUUGAUCUCAUUUCUCAAACUAUAAACUUUUUACGGAUGCAACUCUUAAAAAUUAGUACAUGUAGAUAGUGGGGUAGAAAUGAAAACACAGAUUUUCAACAAAUUAGUAAAAUAUAUGUCAACAGUACACUCAGUGGUGGAUUAUAGAGAUGGAAAAUACACGUCUAGAACAAGUCAACGCUAGUUCUUUUGACUUUUUGCUUUCAAUAAACGAAGGGUGAACACCAGUGAGCAGUAACGAAACCUGCCUCGCAAUUGAAGUUUUUUCAAAGCAACUGACUUUUGUUUACUUUGGUUGCAUCUUUCAUGUUGACAGGUUGACAGGUUGACAAAUUGCUGUGCUGCUGAAAGUGUCAUAAUGAUCAUGAAUUAUACCAUUAAGUAUACACUUGAUUGACAAAUUUUGAAUUUAGACUUUUUCUGCAGUCUGACUCUCAAAUGUCUCAUUGAGGUUAUACCAACUGUCUUGUUUCAUACACCUUUUUUUUUACUCGUUUUGGGUAAUGUAAACUUUGUUUUAAAAAAAAACACCCAAAAACAAGGGUGAUCUGAGUUUGAUUUCGUUUUCAUGCUCAUUCAGUUUGUUAUCGUUUCAGUCUGAGUGAGAUCCUAUUGAAGUAAGUUUGCAAACACCCGGGUGCAGAAAGCCUACUCAAAUUCAAAUUUCAGUCUUGAUUUUUUUUUUCAGUACUCAAAAAGUAAUCUCGUCUGAUUUAUAGGACUGAAAAAACCCAAGAAGUCAACACUCAGUAACUUUUAUGUUACUUGUUAUUAUACGUGGUAUAGUGUAUGUGGACUCCUGAUUUUAAUUUAAGACUUUUAUCAGUACAGCUACCUUUACAAUGGGUUGUUUUUUUGAGUUGACACUUAUUUCUUCAUAACGUUUCACGAUUAUAACAUGACACGAUCAAUAAGUGCUUUGUUAAAAAAGCGACGCUUUGACAUUCUUUGUUAGAGAUUGAAGAUUAUCCUGUCCCAUUAGCACUUUGGAAACUGUAAAGUAGUUGGAUAUAAUACUGACUUUUCAUUGCAUACUUAGGAGCUUAGCCUAAAGAGAUGUGUAGAAGAAUACCAGAAACCAGAACGGACAAUUCGAUGGCUUAGAAGAGAAAAGUUUGAUGAAAGAAAUAUUGGCUAGGUCUGCACAAAAGAAUGAUACAUGUGGGUAGAUUUAUUUUGGGGAUUGUUUGUUGUUUUGUUUUUUUGCCAAGUACAGUAUCCAGUUGGUCUACUGGGAUAGGGUAGCCCACUCAACCUUGGUUUUUUAUCUGGCAGACUGGAUCGAAAUUGAUCAUGUCUUUACAUUAUCUAAAAAUGGGUGCUUGUCAACCUUUUACUUUUGAUAGCCAGUGGCCACUUUUGCCACUUUCAAGGCUAAUAUUAUUUUCGUACCACCAAGCUAGGCCCUACAUUAUACUACAUAAUAUAGAAACCAAUCGGGGCAUUAAGAAACACUAACACCUGUUACUACAUGGGUGAUCCUCACUGUCUACCAAUAUUACCAAAAUAGGUUACCAUGUUGGCAAGCACUGGCCUAAAUUGUAUUGACGAGUGGUAGUGGUAGACCAAUGAUGAUAAUGGAUACGAAGGAAUGACAGGAAGCAAGAGAUUAUUAUGUGACUUGAAUCUGAAAACCGAGUUAAAAACCAUCCAAGUGAAUUUUUAAUUGUAACCAUCUGUGUGUGCAGCCUGUUUUAUUAAGCCUCAUAUGUUGAGUCUUCAAUGAAAAAUAACAAAUUUGGUGGAUUUUAUUUACAAGCAAUGUUGCUACCACAGGUUAAUUAUUGAUGUAUAUAUGUGAGUUCAAAGGGAAAGAUUAGAAAAACUUUAGAAAUUGUCUGUAUGAAGACAAUGUAGGCCUACAUGUAACAUCGAUAGAGGUUUCUACUCAUUACAGCUGUUGGAUAUCGUAAAGAGCACAACGAAGAGACUACCUCAGUUGGGCAAAUGGUGAAUAAUUGAUUAUGACUUUUUUGUUAGUGCUCCAUGAACUCAUUCAGCCCUGGGGCUAAGGACCCAGUCUGCUGGCUGUGCUUUGGGGUUUGAAACGUUUUUGUAAAAUCAGAGAGAAAAAAUAAAUACUAAAUCAACUUUAAACGCCAAAAUAUUUUACACUCAAUUUGUUUAGUUAUUACAGAAUUUGAAAAUAUUUGAUAGUCUGUGAGGUAUUGCCAUUUGAAAAAGGUCAGCAACAGGCACUAAAAAAAUAGCUCAGAAGAAAGACCAUGACUCGUCCACAUUUCCCGCUUUAUUUUUCUGUUUUUUUAUAAAUGGCCAAGAAACAUGGAUAAAGUAUUGUCGGUUCUCAUUGGAUAUUGUGUUUUAGCGAUAUUAAGCAAUGUAAAUUUCCAUCCCAAUACUGUUUGGUUUACAGCCCAGCGCAGAAGUGCGUAGCCCGACUAUCUCGGGGUCAGGGCUUAGUGAGUUAAAACAAUGAGACACAUUAUUGGCGAUUAGUCAGUAGCCUAUGCAUUUAUUGAUACAGAGUGUUUCUAUUUAAGGAUGCUGUGCACUAACACUGACAAAUGUUGCAAAGUGCUGAACUGCCCAGUUACUUUAUUUAAACAUCCUGGAGUACUGACAAGUGGUGCUCCCAGUCCAGUACAUAAAUUUGUGAUACUUUGAAGCUUCUGUUUUUGAAAAAUAUAUACGGUAUACAUGCAGGUGUACAGUUUGAACAACAGCUUCAAAAUGUCACUCUUACAUUGCUAAAGAAUAAACUUUGUGUUUUUUCCA